AAUUUUCCACAAAUCCAAAAUGGCGGAAUCAAACGGUGAGGAAGUUGUCGUGCCGCUCAAAAAACCGCACCUGGAGGUGUCUUUAGAAGAGAAAAAAGAAUCGGUUCAUAACGAUCUUCAAGACUUAUCAAAGUUUAAAAUUGAACGCGUGUUAAGUAGCAACGCUGGCCGCAAAUCUAUCACUUUAAAAGGCACGUUUGGCCACUCACCAGACAUUGGUAUUGUCGUCCUAGAAAAGACCGCGUUUGAAGAGAAGAAACUACGUGAGGAGGAUUAUCUUGGUACCUGUAGGUUGAAGCAAGAUUUCCACAACGAUAUCUAUGGAAACUAUCAGUGUUUUCCCAAAGCGGAAUUGAAUACUGUUAAAACAACCGUUAUUCAUCCAGCUACCGAGAAACAUAUCGAGCGAUAUGGAAUGCAAGUUAUACAUAUAAUUAACGAAACUCCUGCGAUUUAUAAAGAUAUUAUUGAGCCAGGUUUACAGGAUUCAACACAAUUUACAUUACAGUGGGUAUACAAUAUUUUGGAGCAUAAAUCAGAGGAGUCAAGAAUUGUUUAUGAAGAUUCAGAUCCCACUACAGGUUUUAUCUUAUUGCCAGACCUUAAAUGGGAUGGUAAAACUGUGGAAACUUUGUAUUUACUAGCUUUGCCACAUUUAAGGAAUAUUAAAUCUCUAAGGGAUUUAACUGGAGAGCAUUUACCACUUCUCAAACACAUUUAUAAUACUGGAACUAAAGUCAUUAGUGACAAGUUUGGUAUACCAGCAUCCCGCUUACGAGUUUAUCUACAUUAUCAACCGUCGUUUUACCAUCUACACGUCCACUUUGCAACACUUCAAUACGACGCUCCAGGGGUGUUCGCUGAAAAGUGUCAUUUAUUGGCUAAUGUAAUCAGUAAUAUUGAACUUGUGUCUGAUUACUACCAACGCGUGACGCUGCCAUUUGCUGUACGCGAAAACGAUUCACUCUUCAAGAAGUUGGAAGAUAAAGGUCACUUAAAAAAGAUCGUACAAGUUGAUAAAGAUGAUUGUAAAACGGGUUCAGAUUGAGACUCGACAACGUCUGCAAAGUGCAUACGUUUUUAUCCACUUGGAUGAUUCAAGCAUUGAUUCAAAACAAGUGGAUGUUAGUUUUAAUGAUGGAUAUUUGAUUGUAAAACACCCACAAGAUGAUUCACAUGCUGAAACUGAAACAUUUAACUUAAAUAGUUUACGUAUUAAAGAAGGAUCUCUUACUUCUAAACAAA